AUGCUGGAGGAAGAGUAUGAUAGGGUUGUGCAGCUUUUUUUGGAAUGGUUUGGAAUGACUUAUUUGGAGAAUGAAGAAUUCAAAAAGUCAAAUAAGGAUUUAGAGAUGCUACAACAAAUUGUUAUUCCAACAAUAUAUAAGACGUUUAAAAAAAUAACAACAACUUACAGUGAGCUUAUAGAAUUAUGCAUGAACUCAGAGAAGAGCAAAAAGAUUUUUCAAAAGAGAGAAGAAAUAGGCAAACUUUAUAGACAAUAUUUCAGAUUUUUAGUAUUUUUAACUAGGCUUUUUCUACUUUUAAUUCAGGAAAUUGGUGGUGGAACAGCCAAAGAAAAUGAAUAUGGAGGAGAGUAUUCUAUCACAAGUUUUCCAGUUAAAGUUAUUCACGAGCUUUUAGGAUCACCUGGGACAAAAGAGUGCAUCAUAUUUUUAAUGGACUUGGCUUUGUUACAAGGUAAUAAGUUGUUAUCUGAUCAAUUAUUUGAUUACUUGGUGGGGUUUCCAAAUAGCAUUCAAAAAGAGUGUUAUUUAGUAAGAAAGAAACUAACAGAAUCUGCUAACCACUCAUUUAAUCAUCAGUUAUUGUCAAUAACUAAUAACUUCGAUUGCUCUAAUUACUUUACGGGAUUAUCUGAGAAGGAAGAAUCUAUCGUAGUUAUACUUUUUAAAAUCAAAAACUUGAUGAGGAAUCUUUGGAAGGUUGAUAAAAGCUAUAUAGAUUUAAUGGUUUGGUGGCAAAAAAACUACAUGGAAAUGGUCAAUUCUAUUAAGGGCCUAGAACUUUCCGAACUAUAUGAUCAGUUGGAAAAUACCAGAAUUGAAGACCUUCCUAUUUCAAUAUUCUUUGAGUCCAAUGAAUAUUGGGAACUAUCAACUCUUUGCGGAAUGACAGGGUACGUUUUGUAUAUAACAUAUCAGUUCAUAUUAGAUGGAAACGAACAAGUUGAGGAAGCAGUAACAUCAUUUCAUUUUGAGAAUCAAGGUUAUUCUGUUUCUGAACUCGUCAAAGAAGCUAUCAAAUUCUCAAUCUUAUCUAUUCUACUUGAUCCUGCUAAUUACAAAGCUGCCUGGCUCCUUAGUCUAUUGCAUUUAUAUCCAACAGAACAGUUCUCUUUAAUAUAUUCCUUAAAGUUUACCAGACUAACAUUAAACUUGAACUCUUCUUUUGAUGAUUCUUGGGUUCUGUAUUCCCUGCUGUGGACUAGUGCUAUAAGACACGAUGCCUGCCAUUCAAAACCUUCAAUUAGUAAUUCCGAAUUAUCCAGCCCUGAAGGAACUGAGAAUGAAGAUUUUGUCUGUGAUCAACUAAAAAAAAUAUCUCCCAUUUCAAUCACCACCAAAAUAAUGUCACUUGCAUCUAAAAACGACAACCUUAAAAUCCCACUCAAAUUUAUUUACCUUGGAUACAACAUUUUUCAGAUACUCAGGGACAGAGAAAGUAAUGAUGAUCUAUGCUAUGGAGUUAUUUCAGAUAUUCUUGAAUUAAACCAGUGGAUUUCAAAGCGUCAGAAGAUUCAAAGAGAAAAAGAAGCGGAGUUAGAAAGGUCACCAAGCAUGUCUAGUGUUAGUGUAUCCCCAUCAAAUAAAAGCAAAAAGAGUAAAGAUGCUAAGCAAAUUUAUUUAGACCAGGUUGGGAGAUCUGCUCCAGAAUUAGACUCAGACUUUUCACCUCUAAUAAACCACCCUCUUUUGUUUAAGCUUCAGUUACUUAUUUGGAGCUUGAAGUUAAAGCAAUUCCUAAAAAAUGAUGGAGUCCACAUUUGUAAUGAGUUUAUAAUCAAACAACUCAAUGAAUUCCUUCAGCUUCAAAAGGAGAUAUUAGACAAAGAUAUAGAUAUACUUGAUGAACUCCACAUACAUACACAUGUUAGAUCCUAUAUAAAAAUGCAAAUAGAUCGAUUUUCUUUAUUAUUAAAUAAUUACAAAUCACGAGAGUCUAGCCUUUCCGAAAGUUCAUACUAUUCUAAUUGGCAAGAAUAUGAAAGAUAUUUGGAAAAUCUACUGUUUUCUCAAACACAGUCUAAGUCUUUAUUUGAAACUGAUCUGAUCGACUGGAGAAUGUUACUUUCUCCCAUACAAAACUUAUAUUAA